CUCGACGUGAUGCUUGUUUUGCAAUUUGUUUGCAAAGUCCACAUACUGGACACCUUCUUUAUGUUGUGGAGUUCUUUCUCUGCCAAGGUCCUGCAACAUGUAAAUAUGUUAGGUCCGUUUUGAGUCUUCUAUUGCCAAUAGUAAUGUAUGAAUUAAGAUCAUGUAAGCUAGCAUGUGGGAAGCAACUAGGAGAGGAAUUAGUGGUUGAAGUUAUUGAAUUUUCUUAUGCAAACAAACUUGAUUCAUCUGAAUUAGAGCCUGCAUCUGUGUAUCCAGUCAUAUUGAAAAGUGUGCAGUACAAUCAUAACGAGUACCAUCACACUGAAGAAGAACAACAAUAUGAGUAUCAUCACACCGAUGAAGAAGAAGAACAAAAUGAGUACCAUCACACUGAUGAAGAGCAACAACAAUACAAUGAGUACCAUCAAUAUACUGCAGAACAACACGGAGAAGAAUGCACCGCUGUUGGCUCAGAUUCAAAUAUAGAAGAAAGAAAGAAGAGAAAAAACUCCUUCAAUCUUAGUUUUGAGGUUCUCAAAUCACAUUUUGGGAAGAAGCUAAAAGAUGUUGCGAAAGAGCUUGGCGUUGGAAGGUCAACAAUAAAGCGUGCAUGCAGACGAAAUGGCAUUUUUAGGUGGCCAAAUAGAAGAGAACACAAGAAAAAUCCAUCCCUUUUCGAAGAACAAAGUACUGCAGAUUCAAAGCAAGAUAUGUUGCCAUCAACUAACCAUGUUAAUCAAUUGGAGAAUGUGACACAAAUAAACACAGGAAGCGAAGGCAAAGUGAUUGUAAAGGUGGAGUAUAAGGAGGAUAGAAUAAUAUUUGAGUUGUCUCAGUCAUUAGUAGGUUUGGCAAAGAUUACUGAAGAAGUGGCGACAAGUCUAAAUCUGGAGAAGGGCAGUUUCAAGUUGAAAUACAACGAUGAAGAUGGCGAUGAGAUCUUAUUAACCAGAGAUGCUGAUUUGAAACUUUGUCCAAAGAUUCGAACAGCAAUAGGCAAGCCACUCAUCCAACUAUUAGUUCAAUGCUAG